UACGACAAGUCACUUGGGCGUCAAUGAAAAGCGUUUAUUUUCUACGCCACAUUUACAGGACAAUGUUUAAAUUUCAACGUAAAUAUAAAAAUUGACGGACAUUUCGUGCGCCCCGUCACGGUUAGCUAGCCGGCUAGCUAGCGUUAGCCGCUUCAUUUCCUUAAUCAAGGCAGGUUCAUGGAGUUCGCCGAGUUGAUAAAGACCCCCAGGGUGGAUGGGGUUAUCCUACAUCGACCUUUCAUGCCCACGGUGGAGGGCACCCUGUGUUUGACUGGUCAUCACCUGAUUCUCUCCUCCAGACAGGACAACACUGAGGAGCUUUGGCUGCUUCACUCAAACAUCGACUGCAUAGAGAAAAGAUUUUUGGGGUCUCAGGGAAGGAUCAUCGUCAAAUGCAAAGACCUGAGGGUGAUCCAGCUCGACAUCCCUGGCAUGGAGGAGUGUCUCAACAUUGCCAGUUCUAUCGAGGCUCUGUCCACGCUUGACAUACUCUCCCUGAUGUACCCUUUCUUCUACCGGCCCAUGUUCGAAGUCCUAGAAGAUGGCUGGAACUCAUUUCUUCCACAGAAUGCCUUUAAAGAUUUGGAGACCAUGACGGAUGAGUGGCGCCUGAGUGAAGUCAACAAGGACUUCAGUGUAUGUGCAUCGUACCCUCCUCUAGUGGCAGUGCCCAAAGGUGUUGAUGAUGACACUCUGAGGAAAGUCGCCACCUUCCGUCAUGGUGGCCGUUUUCCAGUGCUUAGCUACUACCACAAGAAGAAUGGCAUGGUGAUGAUGCGGGCCGGGCAGCCUCUGGCCGGCACCAACGGGCGCCGCUGUAAGGAAGACGAGAAGCUGAUCAAUGCCACACUGCGACCGGGCAAACGUGGCUACAUCAUCGACACGCGCGCCGCCAACGUCGCCCAGCAGGCCAAAGCUCGAGGUGGAGGAUUCGAGUCCGAGGCGAACUACCCGCAAUGGAGGAGGAUUUCCAAGGCGAUCGAAAGGUCCAACAUCCUCCAGGAGAGUCUGAUAAAGCUAGUCGAGGCGCUUAACGACCAGUCGCACAAUAUGGACCGCUGGUUAAGCAAGCUGGAGGCUUCCAACUGGCUGACGCACGUGAAAGAGAUCCUCACCACCGCCUGCCUGGCUGCCCAGUGUAUCGACAGGGAGGGAGCGUCGGUCCUCGUUCACGGCACCGAGGGGACGGACUCCACCCUGCAGGUGACCUCCUUGGCUCAGAUCAUCCUCGACCCGGCCUGCAGGACCAUCCGAGGCUUCCAGGGCCUGGUGGAGCGAGAGUGGCUUCAGGCGGGUCACCCGUUCCACCAGCGCUGCGCCCAGUCGGCCUUCUCCAACAGCAAGCCUCGCCAAGAGGCCCCCGUCUUCCUCCUGUUCUUGGACUGUGUGUGGCAGAUCGUCCGCCAGUUCCCGUGUUCCUUUGAGUUCAGCGACAGCUUCCUGGUGCUGGUCUUUGAACACGCGUACGCUUCUCAGUUCGGCACCUUCCUGGGAAACGGCACGGCCGAGAGAGUCAAACUGUCUCUGCCUCAGAAGACUGUGUCCCUUUGGUCGUGGGUGAACCGGCCCCAGGAACUGCAGCGUCUGACCAACCCGCUCUACGAGGCCAACAGUCUGGUGAUCUGGCCCUCUGUCGCCCCUCAGAGUCUGCUGCUGUGGGAAGGAGUGUUCCUCCGUUGGAACCGCUCCUCCAGGUGUCAGGACGAGGCCUACGAGGAAAUGGUGCACAUAAUUGAAUACAACAAGGAGCUUCAGAGCAAAGUGAACAAGCUGCGCCGGCAGCUGGCCCAGCUGGAAACGGAAGAUCGUCUGUUGCAGACGCCUUAGAGGCAGAGCGAGCUGAAGGAAAGAAAGUGUAAAUAUAUAAUGAAAUACUUUAACGGAUCAAUGUCCCAGUUUUAGGCUUUGGUUAAGUGAGAAUUUAUCAUACAAAAUGUCUGUUUGUUUUUUGUUGGGGUUUUUGUAUGUGAUUGAUGAUGGAACAUUUUGGUUUCCCUCGCAGAUACAAAAUGGUGAAGCAACAAACCCAGAUUAAAGUUUAAAAUCAACCAACUUCACACAGACAACGUGACGCAGAAAGAGCGCUCUGAUUCAUAAACUAAUCUGAUAUUCUCUAAACUGUUUACAACCUACCGCAAGAUGAAAUGGCAAAUGUAUAUUACUGUGCAUGAAGAAAGAGUCCAUUUCUCAAAAUGUCUCAAUCCGGAGGAAGUGUACUACAGACGUCCUGCUUAACGUACGCGCUACCCGAGCACUGCAGAGUAACUAUGGCAACACGUAAUGUGGGCAGGAUGUGACUUUGCGCCGUGAUGAGACAUGACAUAAUAAGCGUAGGUCGAGUUAUCCCCAUCAAUGAGAGGGGGGGGGGGCUGAACAUUGUACCUUUUUCUGUGUACGGGACGCGCUCCAAUACACACAAGAUUACCUAAUGAAUGUUCACCUGCCUGCUUCUGUUUGUUUCCCUCACAGUAACAGUGGCCGUGUUGGUCAUACAAGUAAUGAGUUGAUCACACAGAGGUUUGUGCGCUUAUAACGUUGGAUGAUCAAAUUUGUGGGAUAUUCCUUUUUAAAGACUCAUUUCAAUUUUGGUAAUUAAAGUUACUAAACAAUAGCGCAUUAAUAAACAAAAUGCAUAUUUGCUGUUUUUUAUUUGACGAUCUAAUACUGCUGCACUUUGUGUGAAAGGCAUGGACACUAUCAGAAGGACGGGAUUAGAACUUUUUGUGGUCAGUGCUUACCAGCUACCGUCAUAUUUGGCAAUGUGACUAUUUAAUGUUUAAAAAAUGCCAAUAUAUCACCAAGAAACUGGAGGCAUUACAGCGUAAAUGACAUCAGUCGUGCAUCCAAAGUGAAUAUUUUCACCACACUGUUGUCUCAUUAAAACACGGAAGCAGAUAAACCUGUUGGCAUGGUAACGUUAAAGCGCCGCUUUCAGUCCGCGGGAUAAUUAAAGCUUAAUGCUGCACUUUACGGUCAUUAUAAAUGGUGUCUAUGGGGUUAAACUAAAUCCACAGCGGUCGUCCCGGGUCAGUCUCUUUAUUGUGUUGAUUUUGCCCGUAUGAAAUUGUAUUUUCUUUACUUGUGUCCACGUCGUCUCGAUGCAUUUCAUCUGUUUUGCUUCACAAAUUGUUUGAUAAACACUAUAUGGUGGACUGAUUCCAGCCACUACAUUGAAAUGCUUUAUAAAGGGAAUGUUGUUUAUAGCUGUACCAUAUACAUGGUUCCUCUUGCCAAAAAGAAUACACCCUGUUCACACAUGUGCUUCGUGUGUGUGUGCAUGAAUUGAACAAUGCAUUACAUCGAGGUAAUGGCAUUUUGCUUAAUGUUAUCUCUUAAUGAUUGUUGCUUUGCCAACGUCAACGAUGUUUGUGAAAGGCCUUACCGCUAAAUCAUAAUUCAAAAUGUACCUUUGGGUAAUCACUGUUUCUGUAAGAUGAAUGUUUUUGUAUUACGUUUAAGGCCAUUAAAAAAAAGUAUAGCACAAAAGAUGUUUGACCACUUAAAUGUUUAUUGAGCUUUUUGGUCUUACAAGAUUAUUGAAAUGAACAUUUGAUUAAGUCAGACUUUGCUUGUA